AUGGAAAGCGAUUGCUGCAAAUAUAUGAAAAAAUGCCAUCAAUGCCAAAUCCACGGUGAUCUAAUCAAGGUCCCUCCAAGUGAGCUUAAUGCUAUGAGCUUACCAUUGCCUUUCAUUGCUUGGGGUAUGGAUGUUAUUGGACCCAUUGAACCCGCAGCUUCAAAUGGCCAUCAGUUCAUUUUAGUUGCUAUUGCCUACUUCACCAAAUGGGUGGAAGCAACGUCUCACAUAUCAGUAACUAAGAAAAUGGUUAUCUGUGAGCAAUUCAACAUCACCCAUCGAAACUCGACAGCCUACCGGCCACAAAUGAUCGGAGCCGUUGAAGCAGCCAACAAAAAUAUCAAGAGGAUAAUGAGGAAAAUGACAGACAAUCAUAAAGGUUGGCACGAGCAGUUGCCUUAUGCCUUAUUGGGAUACUGUACUACGGCCAGAACAUCAACAGGAGCAACUCCAUACUUGCUGGUCUAUGGAACUGAAGCAGUCAUGCUUGCUGAAGUUGAGAUACCUUCCCUGAGAAUCAUUCAGGAAGAAGAAUUAAAUAAUGCUAAGUGGGUCUGA